GGGAGGUCCUCGCGGCCCCGGGCAGAGGUGCGGGAGGCGGAGGUGCGGGAGGCGACGGAGCGAGGCCGGGGAGCUCCCCGCGACAGCGGCUCGCUGCCCGCGCUCGGACCCGCCGGGGGGCCCCGCGGCCCCAUGCUUGUGCCCGGCUCGGCGCGGCCACCCUCGGCGAAGACGCAGCCCAUGAGGCUCCCGGGCCCCACUGAGCACAGCCCUGAAGGAUGUCCCAGCUCUCCUCCACGCUGAAGCGCUACACGGACUCGGCCCGCUACGCAGACCCCCCUUACGCCAAGGCAGGCUAUGGCUCCUAUACUCCCUCCUCCUACGGUGCCACCCUGGCUGCCUCCUUCCUGGAGAAGGAGAAGCGGGGUUUCAAGCCGGGCCCCCCAGCCAGCUUCCUUGCCCGGCCCAGUACCUAUGGCCCUUCCUCCAUCCUGGACUACGACAGGGGCCGCCCCCUGCUGCGGUCAGACGUCCUCGGGGCCGGUAAGAGGGCAGAGAGCCACGCGCGGGGCCUGGAGCGGCCGGCAGGGAGCGGCCUCAGCGGGGGCAGCGGAUUCCCAUAUGGAGUGACCAGCAGCUCCCUCGGCUACCUGCCCAUGAGUGCCCGCAGCCAGGGGCUGCCCCUGACGCAGAAGAAGUCCAGCAGUCAGCUCGACCUGGCCAGGGACUUCUCCAGCCUUCGGGCCUCGGAGAGCUACCGCCUGGACCCCGGGCCCCUGGGCCGCAGCCCCGGGCUGGCCCGCACCCGCCGGGAGCUGUGUGCCCUGCAGGGCCUCUACCAGGCGGCCAGCCGCUCGGAGUACCUGGCCGACUACCUGGAGAACUACGGGCGCAAGGGCGGCACCCCUCAGCUGCCUGCCCAGGCCCCUCCCUCGCGAGCUUCUGAAGUCCUCAGCCCCACCUUCCGACCCAGCGGCCGGUACACUCUGUGGGAGAAGGGGAAAGGCCUGGCCCCCGGACCCAGCCGCAGCAGCUCCCCAGGGCGGGACACCAUGAACUCCAAGAGCGCCCAGGGUCUGGUCGGCCUGCGCAACCUUGGGAACACGUGCUUCAUGAACGCCAUCCUGCAGUGCCUGAGCAACACGCGCGAGCUGCGCGACUUCUGCCUGCAGCGGCUCCACCUGCGGGACCUGAGCCACGGCAGCCGCGCCAGCACGGCCCUCAUGGAAGAGUUCGCCAAGCUCAUCCAGGCCAUGUGGACUUCGCCUCCCAACGAGGUGGUGAGUCCCUCGGAGUUCAAGACCCAGAUCCAGAGAUUCGCCCCGCGCUUCGUGGGCUAUAAUCAGCAGGAUGCUCAGGAGUUCCUCCGCUUCCUUCUGGAUGGGCUGCACAAUGAGGUAAACCGAGUCACAGUGAGGCCUAAGUCCACCCCUGAGAACCUCGAUCACCUUCCCGAUGACGAGAAAGGGCGGCAGAUGUGGCGGAAAUACCUGGAGCGGGAAGACAGCCGGAUUGGCGAUCUCUUUGUGGGGCAGCUGAAGAGCUCCCUGACCUGCACGGACUGCGGCUACUGCUCCACGGUCUUCGACCCCUUCUGGGACCUCUCGCUGCCCAUCGCCAAGCGGGGCUAUCCCGAGGUGACCUUAGUGGACUGCAUGCGGCUCUUCACCAAAGAGGACGUGCUGGACGGCGACGAGAAGCCUACGUGCUGCCGCUGCCGCGCCCGCAGGCGGUGCCUGAAGAAGUUCUCCAUCCAGCGGUUCCCCAAGGUGCUGGUGCUCCAUCUGAAACGGUUCUCCGAGUCCAGGGUGCGGACCAGCAAGCUCACAACGUUUGUGAACUUCCCGCUGAGAGACCUGGACUUGAGAGAAUUUGCUUCAGAAAACACCAACCAUGCUGUUUACAACCUGUACGCUGUGUCCAAUCACUCCGGAACCACCAUGGGCGGCCACUACACCGCGUACUGCCGGAGCCCGGCCACUGGCGAAUGGCACACGUUCAAUGACUCCAGCGUCACGCCCAUGUCCUCCGGCCAAGUGCGCACCAGCGACGCCUACCUGCUCUUCUACGAGCUGGCCAGCCCGCCCUCCCGCAUGUAGCGCAGAGCGCCCCCACGUGGCGGCCACGCCCUGCGUGUUUUUUAAAAAACAGCAAACCUGACAAAUAAGAGAAAAAUAAAGUGAGUAAAGCUGCGGAGCAGGCGUGGCUGCGACCGGGCGGGCGGAGCCGCGCAGCGAAGACCAGCAGGAGCGGAGCCGGCGCGGCCUGGGCUCUGCAGCUCCCAGCUCCGGCUCCUCCGAGUGGGGCCUCCCUGCCAGGAGCAGGAGCCCCGCCGACCGCUCGCCUGCCAGUCCUGGGACCCGGCUUUAAAGCCCGGGGCUCGCUGGCCUCGGCUGUCCGGCGGAGGCGCCCUCUGCCCCCUCUGCCCGGCAGACACGGCGGUUCCUGUCUCCUCAGACACGUUUUCUGAGCUCCUCGCCGUCCAGGCCCAGCACUGCCCCUGAGGCCUGGGAGCUAAAGAGUUUUGGUUUUUAGGGUUUUUGUUGUUUUCUUUCUUUCUUUCUUUAAUGUUUUGGAUGGAAUCUAAUUGCCUCUAAAGAAUUGUGCCUUAUAGCAUUGGGGACCAGGGGGGUGACUGUCCCUCCCUGAAACGUCCCACAGCCACUUCCCUUGGCCCCACUCCACGUCCCACUGGCGGGGGCGGGCCAGCCCCCAGCCCGCUGGCUGGCAGCGGCGAGGAGCCGGGAGGGGAGAGGCGCUCUCUUGCGACGACGUAGAGAAUCAGGUCCCUGCCCGCUCCCUCCCACCCCUGCUCACUCCGGCUGUGUGAAGGUCAACACAGUUCCUGUCCCUGGAGCCUCCUCUCACCUUUAAUUUAUUCCCCGCCCUGCCUUUCUCCCUGACCUCCCCCCCACCCCCCGCCGCCCGCUUUCUCAGCCUCCUCACAAGUUCUCAGGGAUGCCGCCCUCCCGCACAGUGCCCGGCCUGCCCGGUGGUGCUGCCUCGCCGGAGGCAGGGUGCCCUGAGCCGUGGGCAGACCCUGUGCUGUCCCCGGAGGGUGCGUGCCGGCAGGGAGCUCUGCACCACUCAGGGCCCAGCUGGUGCAGUGGAGCCGGCAGAUCCCCGUGCUCCCAGGAGGAGGCAUCGGGGAGAGACACCCACUUGCACUUCGCUGGCCUGACACCUUCUCUAGGGACCCCGAGCCCCGGGCGCGGGCGUGUUUACUGUGUAAGCAGGGGCGAGCGCACACGGGCGUGUACAGAAUAAAGCCCGGCUUGGAGGACUCCA